AUGUUGGUCCACAUGGACCCCCCGACUAACCGCCUCACUAGACCGGCGGCUGGUGACAGAAGCACUGAUGACAUGGUAGUAGAUGAGCCAGAGGAGCAACAUGCGCAUGCCUUUAACUCGACGGACUUCGUGAAGAGAAAGGGCAAAAUCAAGAGUACUGGGACACAUGCGACCCACCUCCAGUUGCUGAAAGGGUUGCAGAAAGGAACCCAAGAAUAA